CCCUAAGAAGCCACCAGGCAAAUGACGACAAGUGUAAGCUGAAGCAGAAACGCAAAGCCGAGGAGGAUAAGCGAAACGCAAAGCUCAGGCGAACCGACUGUGAUCCGCACAGUUUUCCCGGUUUGCUGGCAUCCAGGCUCCCUCGCCCGGAUCUUAGGAUACCGUUGACUGACGCUGCGUACGGGCUGCAUCCACGUCCUGACGUUGUUGUGCCAGUCCCAGAACCUACACGCCCAGAACCUACACGCCCAGAAUCCGUUUUGGUGGUUACAGAACCGGAAGAAGAGGUUUUCGACCUUAGAGCCGAGUUAUGCAUAUUGUCCAGGACUCACGGCUUUACCAAUGCUGCGAUUUCCUCGUUGAUACAGAUCUUCAGGCAUCCUGCUCUGCAGCAAGGUCAAUUGGAGGGAUGGAACAGUUACAGGGACCUCGAGAAAUUCGAACAGGACUGCGAGGUGGGAGAGGAGAACGAAUGGCAUGUGGCGGAGAUCGAGAUCGAUCACGAAGUUGGCUUCCUGACCUUCAAGCACCGAAGCAUCGUCAAGGUUCUGCUGGCCAUGUUCAAGACGAUGUCGGCCGUCAGUGGUUUCGCGAUUGAACCCGAGGAGUGGGUGGUCGAUGGCGAACGCCGAUACAGCACCCCGCAGAACACAGAUUGGAUGCUCAUGGCAUGGGAGCGUGUGAAGAAGCUGGGCAUAGUACUGGCGAUCAUUCUGUUCUCCGAUCAAACCAACUUGUCGUACAACGGUCGCCAGUCAGCACAUCCCUUUGUGAUGUCCAUGGGGAACAUCCCGGAGUGGGCAAGGUGGCUCGAGGGUGGCACGGAGCUGGUUGGCCUCCUGCCGAACAUCCCUCCAGAUCUGAAGCCGGAAGAGAAGACACGCGCCUUCCAGCAAGCUGCAGACAUUUUCAUCGAGCCGUUGAGGCGGCUCUCAAAACUGAAAGGGGGAGGCUUGGAGGUGGAAGACAGCGCUGGGGUGUGCUAUCGAGCUUUCCCGCUUCUCUACGCAGUCUUCUGUGGGACUGGGAGUUCGCAAAAACGAUUUGGGGGAACACGUAUCUCGCCGUCACACCUGACAUCAUGCAUAUUAUUGAGCAGGGUUUUGGCUGCAUGCAAUGAAGUGUCUUGUGAAGAAGCUCACCCCGUCUGAACGGAAGAUCCUUUUAGAGCGAUACAAGUUGCUCAAGGCAAUCACACCGGCGUCCCUUUUGCGCCUGCCCCAAGCCUGGGUGUACUUCACAACCACAGCGAAUUUUUCAGCAUCUGAGCACCGUGCCAUGAUGCAGGUCUUGCCACUCAUCAUCGACCUUCCCGAAAGGGUUCACAUUCGUCGCGCCAUCGUCCGCAUCGCGGACUGGUACAAGGAGUUCAUCCGUGCAGAGUAUCACACUGAUGCAUCCCUCAUCCGCAUGGAGACAGCGACUGUCGUCAUGGUAAAGGCGCUCGUGAAGGCCUUCCCUAACCAGAAGUCCAAGUGGCACAUUGUGAAGAUCCAUCUCCUCGUUCACCUGCCUGCCACCAUCCGAGCGCGUGGCCUGCCACAGGAGUACUCAUCCAACACGUACGAGCACUCUCACAAGACGACUGUCAAGCGCCCCGCCCGUGGAACGAACUGGAAGAACGUCGGGGACCGCAUUGUCAAGAAGCAUGUGCAGCAUGCUGUGGUUCGCCAGCUGUCUUGCGAGGUUGGCGGUGACAAGACUUACGAGACCGCAAUGAAGGAGGCGUGCACCGUGGGCCGUAGGGUGCUGACCAAGACGCACAAGAGGAUGGUGGUGGGGGAUAGCACGGAUCCAAUGUGGAGGAGCUACGUCGCGGUCCUGGGGAAACCUGCGAUGGACCAAAUGGCGUCCCACCUCAAGCUGGCGGGCGUGAAGACCCAGGUCCUUCAGGUGCACACCGCACUUGCCAUCCCUCCACACGACAGGAUGGAAUGGACAGCCAAGGGCCAAUUUGUCAAAGCGAGCCCGUCACAGCGGAACUUCUCUGACGUGGCCAUAAACCCUGCGGGGAAGGGGCCAACUGGUACGGCCGCUGUCUGGUUCUGUUCCACUACGACCAAAGACGGGGGCAACGAGCAGGCUGCCUACAUUGAGUACUACACAGAGGACAGGCAGGUGUGCCACGUCACUGGGAUGCCGACGGCUCCUGCCAACGAGGGGUGUCGACAACUAUGCGAUCAUGGAUGCAGAUUGCAUCCUGAGCCUUGUUCAUGUUGUCCCGUGCUGCAAGGAUCCUGAUGUGCGCUUGCUGAACAGAUUGUGUGUGGUGAAUUGCCAAGUGGAAUAGUUCUAGUUGCUUGCAGCAAG